UCAGCUGUACAACGCGGACGCGUCCCACCCACUCAACCCGGCUUGGCUGGCAUGCACGGCCAAUAUCAGCUGGCCAAUGGCGAUCCCAUGGGCGUGGCUGGCUUCAAUGGCCAUUCGUACCUUAGUUCCUAUAUUUCAUUACUCCUGCGUGCCGAACCCUAUCCCACCUCCCGCUAUGGCCAGUGUAUGCAACCAAAUAAUAUUAUGGGCAUUGAUAACAUUUGUGAAUUGGCUGCCCGUCUGCUAUUCUCCGCCGUUGAAUGGGCCAAAAAUAUACCCUUUUUCCCCGAACUACAAGUUACCGAUCAAGUUGCUCUGCUGCGUUUGGUAUGGUCCGAAUUGUUCGUACUCAAUGCCAGCCAAUGUUCAAUGCCACUGCAUGUUGCCCCCCUUCUGGCUGCGGCGGGUUUACAUGCCUCACCCAUGGCUGCGGAUCGUGUUGUUGCAUUUAUGGAUCAUAUCCGCAUCUUCCAGGAACAGGUGGAGAAAUUGAAAGCUUUACAUGUCGAUUCGGCUGAGUAUUCGUGUCUGAAGGCGAUUGUGCUGUUUACCACCGAUGCCUGCGGCUUAUCAGAUGUCAAUCACAUAGAAUCCCUGCAAGAGAAAUCGCAAUGCGCCUUGGAAGAAUAUUGCCGGACGCAAUAUCCAAAUCAACCAACGCGGUUUGGUAAAUUACUUUUAAGGCUUGCAUGGCUGGGCUGGGUGGUGAGG